AUGACAGAAGAGGAGAAGAAGUUGUUUAGACUCUACGGGAAACUUCCAACGCACAAGAAUGUCUUGACAAAGGUCCAAAAGGAUAGAAAAUACUUUGAUUCAGGCGAUUAUGCUCUCUCCAAAGCAGGCGUCGCACCCCCGAGCAACGUCGGGACCGCGAUUCCCAGUCCAGAAAACAUCCCACAUGCUUCACCCCCAACACCAUUGAGCACCUCGACGAGCGGGACUCCCGCUGCCACUCCAGGGAUCCCCAUCGCAGGUGCCCAUGGCCACGGCUCGUCCCCCGUACGAGAAUCACCACUCGCAUCCGCAACAAGCUCGCCCCUCGUGACCGAAAACCUCGCCGAAACCUCGUCGUCCUCGCCUUCGUCUUCAGAAAUCCCACCGUCCUCUUCACCCACGAGCUCGUAUCCAAUCUUCACGGCCGAGGGUGCGCAUCAUCAUCAUUCACCGCUCAACCCAGCCUCGUCUGGCUCGGCUACCAUUACCGCAGACGACAACGCAGAAUCAACCAAGGAUGACCAGACGACAAACCCUCCGUCCUCAAUCGACCUCUCCAAGGUUGUUCCUGGUGUCAACAAGUCAGAGCUGCCCAAUGCCGCUACCCCGAUGAGCGGCGAAGAGGCCGACACAGAAAUGGCCUGA